ACCAUCCAACCUUAUCCACCAUGAACAUGUCCAGCGGCAGCUCCAGCAUGAACGGCACCAGCUCGUCUGGCAUGGGUGGCAUGGACGGUUCAGGGAGCAUGAACAUGACGAUGUCGGAUAGCAUGGAGAUGUUCUUCCACUUCGCUCCGAUCGACCAUCUCCUCUUCAAGGCCUGGCAACCCAGCUCCGCAGGUGCUCUUGGGGGUGCUUGCGUCGGAAUUUUCGUCUUUGCCAUCCUCGAGCGUUUCCUCGCUGCUUGGUAUCGCUACAAGGAAGCCCAAUGGCGGAUUGCCGCUGGCAAUGCUCUCGUCGCCGUCGCUCAAGACUGCCCCUGUGACGAUCCCAAACAGUCUCCCUCGCUUACCGAGGAUGCGGCAUCCGGAAACAGGGUGACUACUGGACCGCGUGGCCUGAUCGCUCCCUUCGUCCUUUCCCGCGAGCUCGCUCGAGGGGGCCUGAUGGCCUUCCACUCGCUCAUCUCAUAUGUGUUGAUGUUGAUUGUCAUGACAUUCAACGCGGGGUUCAUCUUAUCGCUCGUCAUCGGUCUUGGUGUCGGCGAAUUCUUGACGGGCCGGGUAGCUCGGGUGUAGUGCAUAGAUUUCAGACUCCUGACGAUAGGUCACUUUGGAGCUCUCCGUCCACCGCCCCUUCUUUUAUCGCUGCACGAUUACCUUUUGCCCUUUUUGUACUCUAUCAACUAUCGCCUCGCUUAUCUGUUGCCCAUUGGAAUUAUGGAAACUGAAGGACACUACACUAGCAUACUUCGCCGCAAAACCCAUUUGUUUCUCCAUCGCUACCUGUCCAUUCUCGCAAUGCGAUCCAAUGGCAUGUCGUUUCAUCCCACAAUGCAUCGACCUGCUAUGUGCCUGUGCCGCCGGAAGGAUCGACCGUCGGCCCAGCCACUGCCCAACCUAGCGUAUUC